AAAAGAUCUAAGCACGAAGUACUUGUGCUUGUGCUCAGUAUCUUGCAAACCUAAGGAGCGCCGCGGCCGUUAUUGUUCUCGGACGCGGCCUUGUUAAAAACUCAAAAUGCGUUAUUUGCUCUAUCUCUCUUGUUUGGCGCCAUGUCUUGUCGUGGCAAGGCUUGCGGAGGUGGACGAGCAUGGCAAUACCAAGGUGGCUGACGAAAAAACAGCGACCAAGAAAAGCAGGCGGCGAAGAAGAAGGCAUGGCUAUGGUACGCCACGAGAAAUGUUCCAGGAGGCCUUCCUCGAAUUGGUGCAAAGCUCGUCGUCGGAAGGGGUCGCUCAAGACCAUAAUUAAGGCUCAAUAUAUUUCAUUUGAUUUCUACAAGUCGUUUCUCCCUAUUUCGUUCUUAGGAUGGAAAGAAAUGUAGGCAAGAAAUGAAUUGUUUUGAGCUCUAACAUAAUCAACAUUACAAAGCUGUCCGCCGUCACACGCCCGCAGAAAGUAGUGAUCUUGACUCGUAUAGCACUCAGUCUCCUGAUAGUGUGGAUAUCCAGUCUCCCUCUCCUGAUGAUCAUGUGGAUACUCAUACUCAACAACAAGAAGAAGAAGAUCGAACUGAUGUGGUCGUGAGCUCGACAUUUGCCGAGAAAAAGGGGAACGAGAUGAAUGUUAACGCGGUAGGCAGUUUUUGUUUUUUUGUUUUAUAUUUGUAGUGGACCGACUAAUAGAAUAGUUCUCUCACAAUAUUCGUCCAUACAUUUUUGCUUGUGAUGCAAAGAGAUAGAUGAGCACAACUCUUUCGUUUGAUAUUAAUCUAUCACAUCACAAAACACAGAUGAUGAUGAAAUUGAAAAUGAAUUGCAAUGACGCUACAUUAGACGACCAAGAACACAGAGUGUUUGCGUUUGGGACGCAAGUUUUAGUUUUUUAUCAUUCAGGUUUACGCUCAUGCUCAGGCUGAUUCGGUUUCGGCCGCAGCAGGUUCCGGAUUUCGGAAUGAAGUUUUUGAAGACCACAGUGAUAACAGUGUCGUCCAGGGUCUCGAGACGGAGUAUAUUGAAGGAGCUGAAUUAUCGCACAAC